AUGCCUGACGAGUACCCGCCUCGCCCCGCUCGAAUGCACCACGACUCGUCGUCCUCGUCGCCCUCGCGCGUUCGUUGGACCUUCGCCCUCGCCUUCUUCCUGUUCGGGACUCUGAACAACAUCAUCUAUGUGGUCAUCUUGAGCGCUGCUCUCGACCUGGUCGACAAGGCCUCAACGCCCAAGGGUCUCAUCCUCUUCGUUAACAUCGCCCCGGCCCUUCUGGUCAAGGUCGGCUGGCCCUACUUUGUGCCCGGGCCGGCGAGGUACGCUCGGCGAGUCCGCUGGUGCACGGCGCUCAGCUUUGGCGGGAUCCUCGUCGUCGCUGCCUCGACUGGCCUCGCCCCUCGCCUGUUCGGCAUCGCCGUCGCCUCGUUCUCGUCCGGCCUCGGCGAGAUGACCUUCCUCCAGCUCGCCACCGUCUACGGCGCGCUCGACCCGUCGCGAGGGCAGGAGAACUCGGCGGCUCCGCGUGACGGCGAGGACAAGAGCGCCGACCUGGGAGGGGUCGCCGUCGGGUGGUUCGCGAGCGGGACGGGCGCGGCUGGCAUUGGCGGCGCCGGCUUGUGGUGGGUCGUGAGAGGGUUGGGCGUCCGAGGUGGCCUCGGGGUCUGCAUGGUCCUCCCGCUCUGCAUGGCCGCGAGCUUCUUCCUCCUCCUCCCGCCACUUUCUGCCCUCGCGCCAACAACGCCUUUCUCAGUGGGCUCCUCCUCGCCGUAUGCGCCGCUGCGACGAGGCGACGGCGACCUGGACGGCGACGACCUCGACGAGGAAGAAGACGACCUUCCCGACGAGGCGCUUCUCGAGCGAGCCGAUGCGGCAUUACCGAGCCUGACGACGCGGGAGAAGAUUGCGCUCGCGAGGCCGCUCGCCGUGCGGUACAUGCUCCCGCUCUUCCUCGUCUACCUCGCCGAGUACACGAUCAACUCGGGCGUUGCGUCGACGCUCCUGUACGAGGUGCCGACAAAGGAGAGCGCGCCUGUCCUCGCCCUCAUGAUCAAGUCCCUGCGCGACUACUACCCCCUGUGGGCGUUGCUCUACCAGACCUUCGUCUUCGUCUCGCGCUCCUCCCUUUCGAUCCUGCGCCUUCCACCUCUGCCCCUCGCCCUCUUGCCCCUCCCGACUAUCCUCCAGCUCGUCGUCCUCCUCGCGACCUUCCUCGAGGCGCGCACCGGCUUCAUCGUCAACAGCCUGGGCGAGCACGGCGCGACAUGGUGCGUCGCCGCCCUCGUGUGCGCCGAGGGUCUCUGCGGCGGCGCGGCGUACGUCAACGCCUUUCACCGGCUCGCGACCGAGAUCGACGACGAGGAAGUGGACGAGGUGGGCCUGGGCAAGGACAGGAGGAGGCUCGACCAGGAGCGCGAGUUUUGCAUCGCGAGCGUCGGCUUUGCCGACACGAGCGGCAUCCUGGCGGCGGCCAUGCUGUCGAUGGCGGUCGAGCCGUACCUGUGCGCGUCGCAAGUCGCUCGAGGUCGGCUGUACUGCCGUGAGCUGUAA